AUGCAAUUCUUGACCCAAACAAUCCUUUUGUUUCUUGCAACUGCUGUUCUUGCUAAAAACAUUCUUUUGAGUAACGAUGAUGGAUGGCAAGCAACCAACAUCAGAGCCACUUACUACAAGUUGAAAGAAGCUGGUCAUCAGGUGUGGUUAGUUGCUCCUGUUUCACAAAGAUCUGGUUUCGGUGGUAAAUUCGAUAUCCCAACUUCACCAACUUUGCAAACUGAUGGUGAAUUCAAGUACCCACCUGCCGGCUCUCCAUCAUGGGGUCACGAACAAGAUGACGAUCACAUUUGGUACUUCAACGGUACCCCAGCAUCAUCAAUUGCUUUCGGUUUGCAAUAUGUCCUCCCAGAGAAGUUCAACAACGUUUCAGUUGACUUGGUUGUUGCUGGUCCAAAUGAAGGUACCAACUUGUCACCAGGUAUGUUUACCUUGUCUGGAACCAUUGGUGCUACUUACAACUCAGUCUACAGAGGGUACCCAGCUGUUGCUUUCAGUGGAUCCAACUCCAACAACUCGUUCUUCAAGGACGGUUUGGACUUGAACGACACCAAGGAGCCAUCCACCAUUUACGCUAACAAAGUCACCGAAUUUGUCAACCAAUUGUUCAAGGUCCAAGGUAACAACACUAGAGCUUUGCCCAUUGGUGUUGGAAUAAACGUGAACUUUCCUAAAGUUGGUUACGAAAAUGAAUCAUGCUCUGAUCCAGCAUGGGUUUACACUAGAUUGACCGGUCAAUACGCCAGUGGAGCUGAUUUGAAAUACAAUGCUACUGCUAACUUGUUCCAAUACGCUCAAACCUCAUGGAAGCCACUUACCGUUUGCAACAACGGUGACUGCUCCUUGCCAUCAGAAAACUUGAUUGUUGAACACACCAAGUGCGCUUCUUCUGUUUCCGUCUUCGCUAUUGACUACGAUGCCAACUUGGGAAUCUCCAACCAAGUUGAAGGAUUGUUAGAUCCAUUGUUCAAAAAGCACUAG